AAAUGAUGCAGUAUCAGCUCCUCAUAUCAUCACUUAGGCGGGUCUGUUGUAUUAUGAUUAAGGCUUAGAAAUAUUGGUUACUCCCAGGUCAGGGAGAUUGCGAUUCAUCCCUCAAAAGGAAAUGAAAGAAGUGGAUUUUCCAUCUUAACCUGUUGGUUUCGUUAUGCGUUUUAGUGCGCGCGCAUACUUUCUCGGAUAGUCGCGAGGAUAAGUUGCUCGCACCGACACACGGUAACAUGGAGGAAAGUUUUCUGCAAAGUGUUUUGCACUUUUACGAUGAAAAGAACAGCUCACUUUCCACGGAAAACCUGGAAAACUUACUGCACAUCAUUACAAACAGACGCUCGGCAUCUAUCGAUAAUGACGCCAAUCCUCUGAGGAAUGUUGAGUGUUUGUCUUUGCGCGAGCUGCUUUUGGCCUUUGGGUUAGGUAAUGCCUCUACUGUAAGCAUUGAUGAACUGGAGAUGAUGUGUCCAGCUGUUCUCACUCAGGUCCUGCUGCCUGCUUGUCCCUAUACACCUGCUUCAAACCUGACUGUCUCUGACCACAAAAUUUGGGGUUAUGGGUUCCUGGCUGUUACUGUGAUUAACCUUGCUGCUCUGUUAGGGUUAUUUCUGGUGCCUUUCACAAAAAAAUCAUAUUUUCCAAAAGUCCUGACUUACUUCAUUGGACUGGCCAUUGGAACGCUGUUUUCAAAUGCUGUACUGCAGCUGAUCCCCGAGGCUCUUGGAUUAGAUCCCAAAGAUGAUAACUAUGUACUGAAUGCCGUAGGGGUUUUUGGUGGGUUUUACGUAUUGUUCGUGACUGAACGAGUUUUAAAGAUGGCCCUGAAAACUGAUACAGAGCUUGGCCACAGUCAUUUUCCUCCCCUGCAGUCAGCUGAUAUCCCAAUCACCACCUUCAGCAAUGACACUGUUAUAAACAAUAUCAGCAGUGACAUCAUUACAAACAACACUCAUCAUGACAUCAGCUGUAAUGAAAAGUCCGGCUGUCCAAGUGAGAGUUCAGCUAUUGACCAGAAUGCAUGUGUCAUGUGGGCUUGUCGCUGGCUGAGAGCAGACCGAAUGUCUAAAAUAAAGACUGUGGCGUGGAUGAUCACUCUCAGUGAUGCCCUUCAUAACUUCAUAGAUGGUCUGGCCAUUGGAGCGUCUUUCACACUAUCCCUACUCACUGGCUUUAGCACCUCUAUUGCCAUUUUCUGUGAAGAGUUCCCUCAUGAGCUGGGUGAUUUUGUGAUUCUGUUGAACUCUGGAAUGAGUGUGGCCCAGGCUGCGUGUUUUAAUUUGCUGUCAGCUAUGUGCUGUUAUCUUGGUCUUGCGUUAGGGAUCGUGUUGGGCAGAAGUUUUGCCCCAAAUGCAAUCUUUGCUAUCGCUGGUGGAAUGUUCCUCUACAUCUCCCUUGCAGACAUGUUCCCAGAGAUGAACAGUAUCAUGGCAGCACAUAACAGAGGCUAUCGAGGAAAGGUUGUGUUCUUCCUGAUCCAAAAUGCUGGGCUCCUCACUGGAUUCGCUGUAAUUCUGCUUAUUACCAUGUUUGCUGGAGAAAUCAAUCUGGGGUAGAAAGACAUUUGCUUUUAGUGCCAGAAACCAAAAACUUGAGACACUUUUUUAAAGUUUGUAGUACAGACUGUAUUUACUGUUGAAAAAGUUACAAUCAUACAGUCCUGGAGGACAUGAUUUACAUUAAAUUGUAUAAUGGGAUUUUUUCAAACCUUCUGUUGUUAGUGUGUCCUACUGUCUGAUGUGAGUUGGCAACAAUACUCUGCUGUGUUUGGGGAAAUUCCUUAGUGGCAGUGACAGCCUAGCACAGUGAAUGUGAGGAGCUUUGUAGUCUAAAUGCCAGUACUGUAGCCUAGCUCAGGCACCUUUUGAGUAAGACUGUUUUGAUCUUGUUUGCUCGUUUUAACCAUUGCGUAAGUGGGUCUUGUUUACCACAGAUUAUAUUAUUGAUUUGAGGAAAAACACUAUAUGUGAAUUUCAAUCUUGCCGCUACUAUUUGUAGUAUUAAGUUAAAAUAAUAUGGUAUAAUACCACAUACUGUUUAUGAUCUUUUUCAAUGAAUGUCUUAUUUUUAUGUUAGAAAAAUGAAGCUUUACUGAACACCUAAUGCUAAGUCAAGAAUAAUAUUGAAAAUAUGUGAGCCUGCUGUGAAUUCCAGGCUAAAGUCUCGUAAUCUUAUUAUGAGAUUAGGAGCAUCCAAGUUUGAUUUCAGUCAUUGAUUUCAAUCUUUGACAUGAAUUUAUUCAGUCAAUAAUAAAUAUAUCAGGGUUAUUUUUUCACACAAUGUUCUUUACAUUAUAAAGGAUGAUUUUAUGUAGAAAACAGUCAAUCACAGGCAGGAUCACAUAUCUAUAGCAGCAUCGAUGUCCUAUUACAAUGUUGUAUAGUAUAUCACAUCGUGACAUUGUGUAUAAUGGUUAUAGAACCCAGAUGUCUCGCCAAGCUUUUCUCACUGUUACUAUCACAGGUCUCAUUUCACAACAGGUCACAUUCAGUUUAAAGAAAACUUGUUUGAAUCAAAAGGAGUGCAAGGACACUGAUUUGCAGUUGACAGAUUUGGAUGUGAACUUUCAGAACAUAUAGGAUACAUGGGAUAAAGUUAAUCUGAUCACACUUCGCUCUUUAGGACAGCAAUGUGGAGACUGUGUUCUAGGAUUGUGACUGAGAUUUUUUCAUAUGCAUUAAAUCUUUCAUAUAUUUUAUAUAUACUUAUAUAAUGUAUAGUUUCCAAAUGUUACAUUUUGGUUUGUAAUUGAUAUUGCUUGUAGUGGAAUAAUAAAUAUGAU